AUGUCUUUGCAAUAUGAAUUAACAGCGUAUAAUUUUAAAACACGGUUAUCUCUCAAUCGCUUUAUUGUCACCGCAGAUAAUGUGUUAAUUGCAGCUCAGGAAUUAGUGUUGUCAACUCCGAACCAGCGCAAUUGGCGCGGAAUUCUUAUAGCAGUGCUGGUCAUAGUGGCGGUGUUGGGGCUGAUAGUGUUUUCGAUAUUUCUUUUAUCGCCGGAAGAUGAAUCCGCUAGAAAUAAGGGUCGGAAAUUAGUUUUAGAAGACGUCCUAGGAAGAGCGCUCAGGCCGCGGGAGUUUAAUUCGUCAUGGCUUUCAGAUACUGAACUUGUGUACCGGGACGCCUACGGCGGACUCUCCAUACUGAAUGCUGAGAAUAUGACCACGAGGGUGCUCAUGACCAACUCGACAUUUAGACAACUGAACGCUCAACGGUGUAUCGUGUCAUACGACGCCAGUUUCGUGCUGCUCCUGACAGACGAGAGAUCAGACGGUGCCGUUUAUCACGUUUAUGAGGUCGCCACGAGAAAUAAUUUUUUGCUGUUGCCUCGAGAGAGCAAAACACCGACGCGGCUUCAAACCGCAGCAUGGGCACCCAAAGGAGCUGCGGUUGCUUUUGUACAUGAAAAUGACCUGUACUACAAACCCAAAGUAUUACAAGAUUUAGUUGUCAGAGUUACUAAUACCGGACGAGUCGGCCUGAUAUACAACGGCGUCCCGGACUGGUUGUACAGCACUCGAGGCCUACGAGACUGGGGCAGGUCUAUGGUAUUUUCACCAGACGGCAGCAGUUUAGCCUAUCUCACGUACAAUGACACAAAAGUCGGAGAGUACAGAUACUCUUACUUUGGCGAGAAACUGCUAUAUCCAGAAGUGAAAACACUGCGUUAUCCAAAAGUGAACACUCCUAAUCCUGAAGUAUCACUUUACGUAGUGAAUCUAUCGCGGAGCAACCUCAAAUUCCUGACAUCGGAGAAAGUCAAACCUCCUUCUGUAGUUGUCUCGAUAACAAAUUCUAGUAUUGCAAAUGCUUCAUCUGACUGGUACCUGGGAGGUUUGGACUGGGAGGCCAAACUAGUUGCGACGUGGAUUGAUAGAGAUCAGAAAAUUGCCAUCACGGGCGUUUGUUCGCCUCCUACCUAUCAAUGUCAAGAGGUUUUAACUGAGCAUGCAGAAUCGAACGUAUGGGUAGAACCCUUAGAUCCGCCAGUGUUUUCAAAAAAGGUUUUACAAUUGAAUAGUCAAAAAAGUUUAGCCAAAUCAAAUGCAAAUUCCUUAUCGGCUAAAACAAAUGAAAGCCAAAAACGACAGUCGAUUGCAGGAGGUAAAUCAGCUGAGAAAAAUAAUCAGGCGUCAGAAGAACGAACAGAACAAGAAGCGACUUUACUUCUGCAACGGCUUCAAGUUCGAGACGGUGUCUUUGGAAACUACAGACAUUUAUGUUUCCUAGCAAACGGACGGAUUACACCUAUAACAAUGGGACGAUAUGAAGUUCUGCAGUUACUCGGAUGGGAUGAGGAACGUGACUUUGCGUACGUUUUAGCGACUCCACCAUCUCGACCAGGUGAGCGUCAACUAUACCGUGUGCCUUUACCACUUACCGCUCGAAUGGACUCAAACGGCAGUCGCCCUUUGGACACUUACGAAAAGCCGCAAUGUCUAACUUGUCCGACAGGUCCUUACAAGCAAAUUAUUCAAUAUGCUAAUAAUCGUAAUAUUAGUAUACCCAUAGAAGAACCUUUGGAGCCAAUAGAGCCAAGGGAUAUAACUAAGCAAGCUCAAGAAACGGAAGAGGAUGAUUUUCCAUUCUUGAAUAUAUUGAGUAAUUAUAUACAUCCAGCACCAAGCGAUGUAGCGCCCGAUACUGAUGAAUGUUUAUAUAAUGAGAUUUCGUUCAGUCCUGGUUUCACGUAUUAUGUCCAGAGAUGUUUGGGGCCUUCAGCGCCUAGUGUUUAUUUGGUUGACGCAGUUUCGAAUACUAGAAUGGCAGUACUCGACUCCGGCAACAUCCUCCGUCAACGGGUUGCAAAUAUAGCAGCUCCUCAAAUCAAAACCUUCGAAGUGGAAAUUCAGGAUGGUUAUCACGCGCAAGUACGCCUUUAUUUGCCACCUGGUCUUAAAGAGGAAGAAGAUGCAGCAUUUCCAUUAAUUUUGCACGUAGAUGCGUGGCCUGGAGCCCAGCUUGUAACCCAGCGUUUUUCCGUGGAUUGGUGUUGGUACCUCAGCGGCGCAAGAGGCUUCUUGGUGGCCCAAAUAGAUGCCCGUGGAUCAGGCGCCCAAGGCCAGCGCAUGAGAGCCGAAGUUAAGGGAAAACUUGGAUCCGUAGACGCUGAGGAUCAACUUGCGGUACUCACAUAUUUGCGCGAUACUCUUAAAUUCAUCGACUCAUCUCGAAUAGCAGCUUGGGGUUGGGGCUACGGCGGUUACGUGGCUGCUAUGAUGCUUGCGCAAGACUCUCAAAGCGUUCUUCAAUGUGCGGCAAGUGUCAAUCCUCCCACAAAUUGGAUUUAUCAAGAUACAUUUUUUGCUGAACGAUAUCUUGGAAGAGGCUUAGCAGUCGAUAGUUUCCGAUCUUAUGAAGAAGCAGAUUUGACAAAACGAGCAGGAAAUUUAAAUGGUAGAGAUUUCAUGUUAUUGCACGGUUCUGCCGAUACUCUGAUUCACUCGCAACAUGCCUUGUCCAUGGUUCGUGCUCUUACUGAUCAAGCUGUGAUUUUUCGACAUCAGAUGUACCCAGACGAAGACCACCACUUACGAGGUGUCCAACCUCACGUCUACCGUCAACUUGAGGCGUUCUUUGACGAUUGCUUCGGCCCUUCUGAAUCCGGUGAUUGGGAUCCGACCGGAGGAUUCCUUGUAUUCCGGCAGUAG